AUGGACGCUGUCGGAUACGUCGCCACCGCCCAGGAGCACCUCCGCUCCCUCAAGAACACGCGUCUUGCCGCCCUCCGUCCGCCCGGAGAGUUCUUCGACUGGCAGCGCGUCUCCAAGCCCGCCAACUCGGGCGAGUUCAUGAAGCGUGCGGGCUACAACAUCCGCUACUUCUCGGCCAACUACGCCGUCCUCGUUGGCCUUCUUGCCGUUUACUCGCUUAUCACGAACCCGCUCCUCCUCAUCGCGAUGGCGUUCCUCGUCGGCGGAUUCCUGGCCAUCAGCCGGUACUUCACCGAGCCAUUCGAGUUCCAAGGCAAGACGAUCACGCCGCAGAACAUGUACACGGGCCUGUUCGUCAUCGGUCGAGCGGGCUCAGCUGCCAAUAAGCCGUGCAGGCUGGGAUGCUGGCGAGCAGGCCGUGCAGGCUGGGAUGCUGGCGAGCAGGCCGUGCAGGCCCAGCUGUCCGCGGGCAGGCUGUGA